AUGAUUCCGAGACGUAUUGCAGUGUUAAUAUUAAGUCUAGCAAUUAUACUAGUGUUUUUCUGCUCUUUUUUAAUUGAUAUGAGUGAGAAUAAUGACAAUGUAAAUACCGGUGUCAGAGUUCUGAAAAGUAUGCUGGAUUCCCCAACAUUACGUGCUUUAUCUGUGCCCGAAGAACACCACGAUAGACAACUAGUAUUUAUUGGAGAUGUCCAUGGCAUGUAUGAUAAACUUUUGGAAUUAGUUGAUAAAUUAAAUUUUGAAACUACUCCAGAGAUGGAACUAGUAUUCCUGGGUGAUUUCAUAACGAAGGGACCUGACUCUACAAAAGUGCUGGAUUGGAUGAUCAAACAUGAAGGCCGUGUACAUUUUGUGCUCGGUAACAACGAGUUUUCAGUGAUUAUGGGAGCACUUGACAUGGGUCUUCUAGAGAGUAAGAUGUUGAAUAAUGAACAAGGCCAUGAUGUGACAGGUACAUUUAAAAAAUCACACGCUGAGUUGGCACAACAGCUAAAUCCAUCGCAUUAUACAUAUCUAUUCAAAAAUGCAGCAGUAGUACUGGAGUUUGAUAUGGAGAAAACCAGACAAAGGUUUAUAGCCGUUCAUGCUGGAAUUUUACCACAGGACUACGAUUUCGAGAGAAGACAUGUCAUUUUGAAAUCUGAUGUAUUCUCUAUUCUGAACAUGAAAUUUGUCAACGAAGAGAAUUCCAUGGAAACUUCAAGGGAGAAGCAAACUAAGCAUUGGAAAAGAUGGUACAAAUUAUGGGAGAAAGAACUUGAUAACCACCACACAAAGGAACAAAUAACCAUAUUGUAUGGUCACGAUGCUAAGAAGGGCCUAAACUUAAGAAAAUACACCAAAGGUCUUGACUCAGCCUGCGUUAAAGGUGGUAAACUAUCGGCCAUGCAUUAUAUGUAUGACCCCCAUUCAAACAGUUAUAAAGAGACUCUGGUUGAAGUCUGA